GCUGCAAGCUCCACUCUUCUUUCCACACCAUCUAUCCUAAAUUCCAGCUUGUGAAAGUCUGUACCUAUAUUUAGCUGGCAAGAUUAUAUUACAGAGGCUUCGGGCUGGGCAAAGCACGUUGAUCUGCCUUUUUCAGGCAAACCUAGGUACUGACAAGAGGGCUUUCUAUUCUACCUCCUUGCCCAAGCGUUCCACAAAAUGGAACUUACUGAAGAGCUUCGACUUUAUCAAUCCACUCUUCUUCAGGAUGGCCUCAGGGAGCUUUUGGAAGAAAAAAAGUUUAUCGAUUGUUCCCUAAAAGCUGGGGAUCAAAGUCUUCCUUGUCACAGACUGAUUCUGUCAGCCUGUAGUCCUUAUUUCCGUGAGUACUUCUUGUCUGAGCAAAGUGAGGAGAAAAAGAAGGAGGUCGUUCUAGACAAUGUUGACCCUAUCGUCCUGGAUAUGAUUAUUAAGUACCUUUAUUCUGCCAGCAUUGACCUCAAUGAUUCGAAUGUACAAGAUAUUUUUGCCUUGGCAAGCCGUUUUCAGAUUCCCUCUGUUUUCACUGUGUGUGUUUCUUACCUUCAGAAGAGACUUGCUGUUGGUAAUUGCCUGGCCAUCCUUAGAUUAGGUCUGCUCCUUGACUGCCCAAGACUUGCACUGUCGGCCCGUGAUUUUGUGUCGGACCACUUUGUGCAGAUUUGCAAAGAGGAGGACUUCAUCCAACUUGCUCCCCAUGAACUCAUCUCAGUUAUUUCUCCGGACAGCUUGAACGUUGAAAAGGAGGAAGUGGUUUUUGAGGCUGUGAUGAGAUGGGUGCGGUCAGAUAAAGAGAAUCGAACGAAAGGUCUUGGAGAAGUGUUUGACUGCAUCCGCUUUCGCCUGAUGGAGGAGAAGUAUUUCAAGGAUCAUGUUGAGAAGGAUGAUAUCAUCAAAAGCAACCCAGAUGUUAUGAAAAAAAUCAAGGUUAUUAAAGAUGCCUUUGCUGGGAAACUGCCCGAGCCUACCAAAAAUGCAGGAAAAUCAGCCAAAGGAGAGGUUAAUGGUGAUGUAGGAGAUGAAGAUUUGCUCCCUGGUUACCUAAAUGAUAUUCCAAGGCAUGGAAUGUUUGUCAAAGACCUCAUUCUUCUCAUCAAUGAUACUGCUUCCGUGGCUUAUGAUCCCACAGAGAAUGAAUGUUACCUGGCAGCUCUGUCAGAACAGAUUCCCAGAAAUCAUUCCAGCAUAGUCACUAAACAAAAACAGGUCUUUGUAGUAGGAGGCUUGUAUGUGGAUGAAGAGAACAAGGAGCAACCUUUCCAGUCAUACUUUUUCCAGCUGGAUACCAUUGCUUCUGAAUGGAUUGGUCUUCCUCCGCUGCCAUCAGCCAGAUGCCUUUUUGGACUGGGGGAAUCGGAGAACAAAAUCUAUGUCAUUGCAGGCAAGGACCUCCAAACUGAGGAGUCUUUGGAUUCAGUCUUAUGCUAUGAUCCCAUAGCAAUCAAAUGGAGUGAGGUCAAAAAGCUCCCUCUCAAAGUGUACGGUCAUGCUACCACUUCACAUAAUGGAAUGAUAUAUUGUCUUGGGGGAAAGACUGAUGAUAAAAAAUGCACUAAUAGAGUAUUCAUAUAUAAUUCCAAGAGGGGAGACUGGCGUGAUCUUCCCCCCAUGAAAGUGGCUCGCUCUAUGUUUGGUAUUGCUGUGUAUAAAGGCAAAAUUGUGGUCGCAGGAGGUGUUACUGAAGAUGGCCUCUCGGCUUCUGUUGAAGCAUUUGAUCUCACCAGUAACAAAUGGGAGGUUAUGCCAGAGUUUCCACAGGAGAGAAGCUCUAUCAAUUUAGUUGAACUGGCUGGCUCCUUGUAUGCUAUUGGUGGUUUUGCUAUGAUUCAACUUGAAUCCAAGGAAUUUGCACCUAACGAGGUUAAUGACAUCUGGAAAUAUGACGAUGAGAAGAAAGAGUGGUGUGGCAUGUUGAAAGAAAUUCGCUAUGCCUCUGGAGCCUCGUGUCUCUCUGUUGGCCUGAAUCUGUUUAAGUUGUCAAAGCUGUAAAGUGAAAGGCAUAUUUAGACAGUCGAAAAGGAAUGAUUUUUUAAUGGCCUAGUUCUGAGGUGUAAGCCUACCCUGUACAAAACUGAUAAAAUUAUACAUUACAUUG